AUGCUGUCACUGGGUGAGAGAGUCAAGCGUUACCUGACGUUUGCUUCAGGGAUCUUCGAGUGCAUUGGCUUCGCUGGUGCCAUCUUUGGCUGGGCCUCGCUGGUCUUUGUGUUGAAGGAGGAGGGCUAUUUCUAUAAUCUCUGUACCUCGUCGCACAAUGUCAGCGAACCUGGAGGCAGUAAUGGCACAGUGGACUGUUACCUCCAAGAUGAACGUUUUGCCCUCAUCUUUACCAUGGCUUCAUUCAUGGACAGUUUCACCACCCUCCCUGGUGGCUACAUCUUUGAUCGCUUUGGCACCAUGCCGGCUCAGUUCAUGGCCAUAUCUAUGUACACCACGGGAACACUGCUGAUCGCCUUCUCUACAGCUGCGUCUGCCGUGCUGCUAUUCCCUGCCGCCUGCCUACUCGCUGUGGGAGGAGGGACCUUCUACAUCUCCAACAUGCAGGUUGGAAAUCUGUUUGGAGAUCGACGAUCCACAGUGAUCACUUUGUACAAUGGAGCCUUCGCUUCCUCAUCCUGUGCAUUUCUGCUCGUUAAAGUUUUGUACCAAGCUGGUUUCUCAGUGAGAUCUAUUUUCUUGUUCAUCAGCUCAAUGAGCAUUGUCCACGUGCUGCGUGUCUUAUUCCUCCUCCCCCGGAAAAAUAUCCCUUAUCCUCUACCAGAGGAUUACACAUACGGAAUCACCUGCAAGAGAUUUGGGUCAGACUCAUCGUCCUGUGAAGAGGAGACUGUAAGGCAGAUGAAGCCUUUGCGUGUAGAAAAUGAGGCAGACGUAGAAAUGGACAAGAGACCCGAAAACAAACAGUGGGAGGUGGAAGAGAAAGAGGAAAAGAUGGAGCCGACUGAUCACUUUAAUAUCCAAACCAAACCCUCAACAGGGAUCAAUGUGAAGAUGGAUAAAGUCCGCUCGUUCAAAAGUUGCAUCUUCUCCAGACUGUUUGCCACUCACCUGAUGUGGAUUUCCGUCCUGCAGCUCCGACACUACUUGUUCAUCGGCACCCUGAACCCCAUGCUCAUGCUGAUGUCUCAUGGUGAUACCACGGAGGUGAGCAAGUAUACAAAUGCAUUCGCCCUCACACAGAUCUGUGGAUUUUUCUGUGCUCCCUGGAAUGGGAUAGUGAUGGACUGGCACAGAAAAAGGCCCUUUGACCAUUUUGUUUCAAAGCGAUUGGCUGGCAUGAGGUCAGCUGUGGUUUCCCUCAUUAUCACCAUAACUCAGUGUGUCCUGUUCUCGAUAUCGGCAACUAUUCCCAUCCUGGAGGUUCAGUAUGUGUCCUUUAUCCUACAAGUGAUCAACCAUUCCUUCCUAUACGGGGGAGAUGCUGCAUUCAUCAGCAUUGUGUACCCUUCCUGUCAUUUCGGGAAAAUCUAUGGCGUGGGACAGACUCUCUCAGCAUUUAUUUCGCUGCUUCAGUACCCUUGCUUCGCACUGAUCCAGGGACCCUUGAAUAAUAACCCUCUCUUUGUGAACAUUGGAUUCAUCGUUCUGGUAAUCCUAACCUACACACAUCCCUUAAACCUGUACCUGCACUGGCGACAGGAACUCCAACAAAGCAGAACAAAACAGAAUCCCCAAGCUGGGGUCAAAAUACAGGGAGAUGAGCUGACGAAGGACACAGAUGUCUAA